AUGGCAAAGCUGCUGAUCUUUGUUCUGUUUGUUGCCUCAUGUAACGGACAGACAACCACAACUGCUUCAACUACAGCUCCAACUGCUGCAACAACCACUGCUGGGGCAACAACUGCUGCAACAACUGCUGCUGGGGCAACAACUGCUGCUGGGGCAACAACUGCUGCUGGGGCAACAACUGCUGCAACCGCCGCUGCUGAGGCAACAACUGCUGCUGGGGCAACAACUGCUGCAACCACCGCUGCUGAGGCAACAACUGCUGCUGGGGCAACAACUGCUGUUGGGGGAACAACCGCUGCUGGGGCAACAACCGCUGCUGGGGCAACAACUGCUGCAACCACUGCUACUGGGGCAACAACUGCUGCUGGGGCAACAACUGCUGCAACCACCACUGCUGGUGCAACAACUGCUGCUGGGGCAACAACUGCUGUUGGGGGAACAACCGCUGCUGGGGCAACAACCGCUGCUGGGGCAACAACUGCUGCAACCACUGCUACUGGGGCAACAACUGCUGCUGGGGCAACAACCACUGCUGGGGCAACAACCGCUGCUGGGGGAACCACUGCUGCUGGGGCAACAACUGCUGCAACCCCUGCUGCUGGGACAACAACUGCUGCUGGGGCAACAACCGCUGCUGGGGCAACAACUGCUGCAACCACCGCUGGUGGGGCAACAACUACUGCUGGAGCAACAACUGCUGCUGGGGCAACAACUGCUGCUGGGGCAACAACUGCUGCAACCACCGCUGCUGGGGCAACAACUGCUGCUGGGGCAACAACUGCUGCAACCACCGCUGCUGGGGCAACCACUACUGCUGGGGCAACCACCACUGCUGGUGCAACAACUGCUGCUGGGGCAACAACUGCUGUUGGGGGAACAACCGCUGCUGGGGCAACAACCGCUGCUGGGGCAACAACUGCUGCAACCACUGCUACUGGGGCAACAACUGCUGCUGGGGCAACAACCACUGCUGGGGCAACAACCGCUGCUGGGGCAACAACCACUGCUGGGGCAACAACUGCUGCAACCACUGCUGCUGGGGCAACAACCGCUGCUGGGGCAACAACUGCUGCAACCACCACUGCUGGGGCAACAACUGCUGCAACCACCACUGCUGAGGCAACCACUACUGCUGGGGCAACAACCGCUGCUGGGGCAACAACCACUGCUGGGGCAACAACUGCUGCAACAACCACUGCUGGGGCAACAACUGCUGCAACCACCACUGCUGAGGCAACCACUACUGCUGGGGCAACAACCGCUGCUGGGGCAACAACCACUGCUGGGGCAACAACUGCUGCAACCACCACUGCUGGGGCAGCAACUGCUGCCGGGUUUAGUCUUGUUGCCAUGGUUACAGGUUUCCAGCUGAUCCUCCUGGAGAUGUAA